ACAAUUUACAUCUGUAAUCAUUUUAAAGGUUCAUGGUGGCACAACAAACAAAGAUAUCAUUAAGAAAGUGAGAGAUGCUGAACAAAUAGCCAAGAGGAACAAAGAAAACUAUGGGAACCAUGUGUACACUGUUUUAUUCUUUGAUGAAGCAAACACAACUGAAGCUAUUGGACUUAUUAAAGAAAUAAUGUGUGACAAAAGUAUGGAAGGAAAAAAACUGAAAUUAUGUGAAAACCUGAAAAUGGUGGCAGCUUGUAACCCAUAUAGAACACAUUCAGAAGAGCUAAUAAAAAAGUUAGAGCAGGCAGGACUUGGUUACCAUGUAGAUGCUGAUGAAACAACAGACAGACUGGGGCGGGUACCAAUGAGACGUCUUGUGUACAGGGUCCAGCCUCUACCACAAAGUUUACUGCCUCUAGUAUGGGACUUUGGUCAGCUGAACACACAAGUGGAAGAUCUAUAUAUCAGGCAGAUGGUCAGAAGAUAUAUACGUGAAGGCAAACUACCUAGUAUUGGAGGUCUGAUAGAAGUUGUCAGUGCAAUCCUAACUUCCUCACAAGACUACAUGAGGGAACAAAAGGAUGAAUGUAGUUUUGUGUCACUUCGAGAUGUUGACAGAGUGUUGACUGUAAUGAGCUGGUUUUACCAACAGAGUCAAGAGCAGAGAACUCUGUAUGACCUAAUGGACGAGAAACUAUAUGGUGAGGAGGAAUUCACGUCUGAUGAUGAUGAUGAUGAUGAUGAGGAGGAGGAGAAUGAACAGAUGAUUAGAGAUGAUGGAGGGGGCGACAGAGUUGAUGAUAUUACCCGUUCUCUUAUACUAGCACUUGGUGUAUGCUAUCAUGCCUGUCUGAAAACUAGGCCGCAGUAUCGUGCACACAUUGCACCAAGAUUCCGUGCACCUUGUCAUCUUCCAGGUGGUGCGGAUCAAAUACAGGAAGAGAUUGAAAAGUGUCAAGAAGUUUUCUUAGACCAUGUUCAUCUGGAGAAGAAUAUAGCACGUAACAUGGCACUGAGAGAGAAUGUUUUCAUGAUGGUUGUAUGUAUAGAACUACGUAUCCCAUUGUUCCUUGUUGGUAAACCUGGAAGUUCUAAAUCCCUCUCCAAAACCAUUGUAUCUGAUGCUAUGCAGGGAAAUGCUGCAAGAAAAGAGCUUUUUAGAGAAUUGAAACAGGCCCAGAUGGUGUCAUUCCAGUGUAGUCCCCUGGCCACACCAGAUGGUAUAGUUGGUACAUUUAGACAAUGUGCACAGUUCCAGAAAGACAAAGAUUUGGAUACAUUUGUCUCUAUUGUUGUCCUUGAUGAAGUAGGAUUGGCUGAAGACAGUCCAAGAAUGCCACUGAAGACCCUUCAUCCUCUUUUAGAAGAUGGUUGCCAAGGUGAUGAAAAACCAGAAAAAUAUAAAAAGGUGGCAUUUAUUGGUAUAUCAAACUGGGCGUUGGAUCCUGCCAAGAUGAACAGAGGAAUUCUAGUACAGAGAGAAGUACCUGAUCAAGAAGAACUCAUAAACAGUGCCA